CCUUGCCUUGAAGAUUCAACCAGAACGAGUCUGACCGUCGAACGGUGAAGACUAGAAGUUGCUUAUUAAGUUCGGUUCUCGUGACUUUGUAAGAAAGAUAGCGGCGAAUUUUCGAGAAAACUUGACAGAAAAGUGGAGGAAAACUCAUCGUAACAUAAAAAGAAUAAUUCUUCGAGGAACGCUGAGCGUAUGAAAACGAAGAAAACGGACCUGCACACCUUCGAAUUUAUCUGCAAAAUAGGAAAUUCGUCAAGACGUUCGAAUUUCUGAAGCGGAGAGCCGAGGAUCAGAACAAAAGUGUUUCCUUGCAAGUUGAUAAUCCGAUUUAUAAAAACAGAAGACGUCUUCGAGAUGCUGGUAGCUUCGAUUUGUCGCGAAGUUCACUUCACAGUGUUGUCCAGUACUACGAUGGCCUCGCGCGUACCACGUUGCCUGUUCGGUAAGCCGAAUUCAAGGGAAACCGUGGAAAUGCUACACGAGGCGCUCGAUGCGGAAAGAAGCAAAUUCGCAAAACGAUGGGGCGUCGAUCCUCGAUCCGAAGACAAGGAGAACAACUACCAGAGGAAACACAACGACAAGUACGAACAAUCGCCGAAAAAACGGAGCAAUCCGUACUCCAGACAAACCAGCAUGCACGAUUAUUGGCGAGCUCGAAAGGUAUGCGAGGUGAAUAAGAAGCCUCUUGCUUCAUCGGUAGAUGCUUCGAAGCAACAAAACGAAGCGUCGAAGACGUCGAAGACGAUGAAAUCAUCGAAAAAGGCGGCACAAAACUGAGAAAACGAGCUUGUAUUUAAUUGCAGCUACUUCAUCGUGACGAGAGCGUCGCGGAUCCUGUAUAUUUAUUUGUCAUCGCUCUUCCCUGAUACCGUCGUCAUUGUAAAUUAACUGAUCGUCGACGUUGUCCUCGUUAGUAUUAAUUGCCAAUUGUUAAGCAUGUUAUUUCUGUAAAUAAUUCGUCGGGUGAUAUAUAUGGAGGUUUGGAUGAGCUCGCCAUGGUAGAUGUUUUGACUUAGACGAGAUAGAAAAAUUCUUUCGUCGUAGUCAAAACACAAGAUUAUCGUUAAUGGAGAUAUAAUGACGUCUGUAAUGACAAACGUUCUUUAACUCAAUCGCAGAGUGAGCCAUCGAAAGCCUGAUUCGGUUGAUUCUUCGAUGAAUCAACAAUGCAGCGCCUCCAAAGAAUAACUGAAUAUGAAAGAGUUGAAAACUCCAUGUUGUUUGAUCUCGUCUUCCGAGAUACUGAAGUCCUAACUAUAUCUGAAUAAUUAAAAAUAUAAAAAACUCUAGUCAUCUAGUCAUUUAAGGAAAAUUAAAUAAUAAACGAUCGUGCUUUCGUACAUUUC